AAGUUCUUUAUAGCAUGAGGGCUCAUGGUUGUGGUCACCUGUGCCUGCUGGUUCUAGUCCUCAUCCAGGCUAAGAUUGGUCGUCUAGUGCCCAUAGUUGGAGGCCGUCUUGUAAUUAGCGUGGGUAGCACCAGUAAAUAUCCAUUUAUGGUCUCAUUGCAAGACGUGGUGCAGCGAAAUGGAAGUGUGAACUAUCAACAUUUUUGUGGAGGCAGCUUAAUCAGCGAUCGCUGGAUUCUUUCAGCUGCUCACUGUGUGUGGAGGAAGAAACUGGAAAAUAUUGCGGCCUUUAUUGGUUAUGAUGACAUUGGCCUUAAGCAUCUCGAGCCAUAUGGUCUUGAGAGUGCCGAGUAUAUAUACUUCCAACCGUCUAAUUUUCGGAAUGAUAUUGUUCUACUCCAAAUGAGCACGGCCUAUGAAACAUCUUUUAGGGAUAUGCCUUUUGCCCAACUACCGCCACAGGGCAUGAAACCGGACCAAAAUGAAUCCUGCCGCAUUAUUGGCUAUGGAGCAACUCGACAUGCAGGUCCUUCGCAAAAACAUUUGGCCGAGGCUGAGGUCCGAGUGAUAGACAAUCAACAAUGUCGCAAUAUUAUUGGACACGUUUGGGCUCCUCAAAAUGGAAACACUGUCUGUGCUUUGGGCAAUAAUCAAGACUCCUGUCAGGGUGACUCCGGUGGUCCAUUGAUUUGUCCGUAUGGCGGCAAGGAUUACAUCUACGGACUGGUUUCCCAUGGUCUCACCUGCGGCAUCAAGGGUAUGCCGAGCAUUUAUACCGUGACGCGUCCCUAUUACGACUGGGUCCAACUUUAUAUAUCCUAGAUCUCUCCGUGCCGCUUUGAAUCUUUCAUCUGGUCUGGUAUAGGUAUAUAAUUUAUUUAUUAUACGGAUAUCAAACAGAGAAAAUAUUUACGAAUACAAGUACA